CUCGCACGAAGUUUGCAUAUGAGACAAACAAGUAAGAGGGGAUCACCCGAUCACAUUUAGCGCUAAAUGUCAGGCGUAAAUACGUGAUUCACAGUGUAGAGUAAUAGCGUCAAGAGGAGCAGACCUGCUUGAACCUUGAAGGGAAAGGAGGAAGGAAGAGGUGAAGUGGGGGUGCCCCUCUAUCGCGAUCCUGAGGCCGACCGGUGACCGUAGACGGGCGGCGGUAGAUAGUCCGCGCUCGUAGCAGCGCUGGCACGCGUUCGUUACUUGGUAAAAUGGCCGACCACAGAGAACGGGAUUCGUAUUACUCGCAGACGGAUCUGCGCUCGAAAAAUGACGACCCGCCGAACUCGCGGCUGUUCGUCAUCUGUCACAAGAGCCUGGAGGAGGACGAUCUCAGGAAGGCGUUCGAGAAGUUCGGCAAGAUCGAGGACAUCUGGGUGGUUAAGGACCGUAGCACGGGCGAGAAUAAAGGUGUUACGUACAUCAAGUUCUCCAAAACAUCAGAGGCGGCGUUCGCUCUGGAAGAGAUGAAUGGCAAGAUGCUGGGCUCCGUUGGCAGACCUAUUAAAGUGAUGAUCGCUUCGAAUCGAGAUCAAGGCUCAGUGCGUGAGACAAAUGAAGAAGAGAGGUGGGUCCGUUUAUUCUGCGUAUUGCCAAAAUCGAUGACCGACAGCGAACUGCAACAGGAAUUCUCCAAGUUCGGUGCGAUCGAGUAUGCCACUGUGGUGAAGGAUCGCAGCACAAACGAGUCCAAAGGUUUUGGUUAUGUAAAGUUCAAGAAGGUGUCAAGUGCGGCACGCGCGUUUGAGGAAUGCGACAGGAAGUACAAGGCGGUGUUUGCCGAGCCGAAGAAACCAAAACCUGAUCACAACGAUGCAAAGUACAAUAACGGCCUGUCUACCGCGUAUGACGGUACUGGCAACAGUUACGGUACGUCAAACUUUGGCAAGAGCAGCAUCAGUCUGGAGAUUGCCACCAAUUAUCCCAAUUCGGAGGGCUACAUGCGUCUGCAGGUGAUCGCGCAUCCGGCGUUAAACCAGGAUCAGCUGUGGAAGCUGUUCGACAUAGUGCCUGGCUUGGACUACUGCCACUUGAAGGCCGAUGUGAGAUACAGAAUGCCGCGUGGCCAGGCAGUCGUCGUGUAUAACAAUCCAAGCGCGGCGGCGUACGCGCGCGAGAAGUUUCACGGUUUCGAGUAUCCGCCUGGUCACCGGAUGAUCGUCAAGCCGGACUUGACGAGCGCGCCGCCGAAGAACGCGGUGAAACCCGGCGGUUCGACAACCGGCAGCGUCACCAGCGCGAGGACGGAUCUGGCACAUCUGGCGGAGACUAUCGCUCAGGCAACAUCGUUGAUACAAGCGGCCGGACUGACAGCACCGAGUUUAGAUCACAUGUGCGUGAAGCUACCGCCGGUGCAGCCGAUGGCGAGUAUAGACGCCGAAGUUGCUAAGAGAUGCUUUAUCGUGUGUGGUCCACCGGUGCCGCCCAUCUACGCCAUGAAGGACGCAUUUUGCCGGUUUGGGAAUCUCAUAGAUGUAUAUAUGUUACCCGGAAAGAACUGCGGCUAUGCCAAAUAUGCGAGCAUCGACAGCGCGAACGAGGCCAUUGAGGUCCUGCACGGUCAAGAGAUCUGUGGUUCUCGGCUGAAAGUACUAGAGGCGGAGGAACGGAACGUCGGCGAGGAUCGGCGAAAGCGAUUACGAAUGGACGAGGACGAGAAUUGAGCGUGUUUUAUACAAAAAAAUAAUGUGUAUCUCACUGACUGGUAUACACAAGCCGGACGCACGCAACAAAAUGAGACGAAUUUAAAGACUACUCACUUGACCACGUCAAGGGCCUGCAUCCAGGGAAAACUACUCCAACUACCUACCUAUAAAUAUAUAUUUAACUAUUCGCUCACGUUCGCGCAACCACGUUACUGAAACGUUUAACUGCUACUCUACUACUGCUACUUCUUGUCCUUUUACAUGUUCGUUUACACACGAUGCAUUGUGCGCGCGCGCGCGCGCGCGCGUGCACACGGACAAUCCGUGUUUCUGUUAUUUUAAGAGGCCUGUGCGAACGGUUGAUGUCGUUGGGCGUUUGUUAAUUGUUGCACCAUAAAGAACAUGGAUCGCAGAAAGAUUAUUCUCUCUGUGCAUUUCCCUCUCUCUGCGAGGAUCGGGAGAAACAAUGUGCAUACUUGACAUGUUAGGUGCUAUUAGUUUCUUGAACUGAUUCUUGCGCAGACGAAUCGGAGAUGUGCAACAACUCCUUUUUUUGAAUCCGAUUUUUAUCUCUCUUUAUUCCUUCAAAGUGUUGAUAAUUAUUAACGAUACAUCACAUUCUCUCGGACGGUGAGCUGUCCGAGAUGUUUGCACCAAACGUCGCUGUGAAACUCGACGUCUUUGUGAGGACUGACGAUAGCGUAUGCUUAGCAUGAAGUGUUCUAUCGUUAAUUGUUCUUAAUUGAAAUGCGAUAUUUUUCUGUAUAUAAUAUACGUAAAUUUUUUGAAGAGACAAUGAAGUAAGUAGAACUGUUUUGGAAGAGAAAAAGAAUGCCAAUGCUACCUGUUCGCACAGACUUUUAGAUAUUAACCUGUGCCUUAGGUUUAGCAAAGAAAUUUUUUGUUUAUAAUUAAAUUUCUGUACUUUU